AAUAGACCAAUUAUCUGUUUGUAAACAUUCGGGAUGUGCGCGCAGCACAGUUGCAGAAAACCCGGAGAGAUCGCCUUUACAGCUAGAGAAUUACAAGGAUACGGCACAAAAUACUUAGAUUUAAAAAGAGUAUAGAUUAUAUUGAUUAGAUGUCAUUUUCAAAAUGUUAUUCGCAUAUUACAACAGCUUGUCACCCAGCGAUAAGCACUGUUACUCAACGAAAUUGACGUUAGAUAGUGGGAUAGUCUUACAGGCCCGAAACAGGGAUGAUGUUUUUUAUGGGCGGUUCAAGUGGCAGUGUAUGCAGCCAUGUGAUAAAACAAUUAAAAACACAUGAGUAAAUUUGAUUUUAUAUUUCAAAAUUCUGACUUUAAUUUCACAAUUCCGAGAUUAUAUCCCACAACUCUAGAGGAAAAACAACUCGUCAUUCUCUCUUUUCCCCUCGGCUCAGAGUUUAUAUCCCACUGCUUUUUUCCCUCAGAAUGAACAAACUCACUAGUUAAAUCGAGUUAUAAAGUCCGAAUUAGGAGAUAUAAACUUGCAUUUGUGAGAAAAAAAAAAAAAUCUGAAUUGUGAGAGAAAAUAAAAAAUGUUACGUUAAAAAGUUAAUAGUAAUAGGUUUAAAUGUCAUGCUGUAACUGUAGAGCUAAUACAGUACACCCCCUAUGAACAGCAUAUGUGAAUAUUAUGUAGACCUAUAAAUCAAAUUUAUGCUUUAAAAGUAGAGUAAUCAUAGCAGUUUUCAUCCAUAGUGUGUCCGUUUAAACGUCUGCGUUUAGCUUCAAAUGGCGUCUUUGACUACAGUAUUGUAUAAAAAUGAUUUGCAUUCCGAUUUUGACAUCAAAAGACACAAAAAUAUUUUUUUUUUCUCUUAUUCCAUGGAGUUUAAUCGUUCACCUCCACUUGCUACCAGUGUUUUUCUGCAACGUCACUGUGACGUCUACUCGAAAUUGGUCUAUAGGUCAACCAAAGAUGAAAAUGUGCUCAUCCUCAGAUCAUCUGAGACUAGUGUAAGCUUGUUUGUUCAUCACAUUUGUAGAAAUGUAUCGUUCCAUCACUGUCUCACCAAUGGAUAAUCUGCAGUGAAUGGGUGCCGUCAGAAUGCACAAGUAAUCCACACCAGCUAGCAUCUGGAGAAGACAAAAGCUGGAACAAAUCCAUCAUUAAGACGUUUUCGACUAAAAUACAAGUCCAUAAUCCAUAAUAACACCUCCUCCAGUGGAAAGUUGGUCUGGUCUGAAUCAGGAGAGAAAUCUGUACAGGUCAAACACCGUUUACAAGCCAAAAGAGCUCGGAACAACCAGAUGGAGGUAUUCUGUGUAUAUUAUUUUAGUUAAAAAACGUUUUGAUGGAUUUGUUUCUUACAAACACUGGCUAAAGAUAGGGCAUAGGGUCAGUGAAGUGAUGUCACUACAGAAAAAACGUUCUGACGAGUGUGUUUGUAUGUAGUGCUGCAGUGUGACGGUGAACGGGUCUGACGGGCAGCAGGUGGCGCUGUUUGACCACAGCCUCCAAACCGGAAGCGGCGUCGCUUCAUCUGCUGUGGAGAGAAAACGUGUGGAGAAGAAUUGAUCAAAUAUUGCAGCUCUGCGAGGAUUUGUUUACAUUAAAUAACUGAUCCAUUUGGUAACUUCUGCUUUAUUUUGGUCGUAGUUUAAUCGUAGUUUUAAUAUUAAAUAUCGCUCUCUGUAUGAAAUCGCCUAAACUGCAUUGAAUGUAGAUGAGGACGUGGCCGUUCCUUUACUCAACGCCGCUGACUCCUGACCAAUCACAGUCGUCUGUUGUUCGCCUGGACCAAUCGCAGGCCGUGUGCGCUGUAACCAUAUAAGCGUACAUACAGUUACAGAGUUAUCGCUGUUUUUAGUCACGAUGGCGUCUGUCGAGCUGAGGACGGAGCUGGACGAGCUUCUCAAGCGACUGGAUAUUGACACGAUAUGCAUCGAUCAUCCAGAGGUGUUCACGGUGGAGGAGAUGAUGCUUCACAUGGCUCACGUGAGCGGCGUCGUCGCUAAAAACCUCUUCCUGAAGGACAAGAAGAAGAAGGGCCUGUGGCUGCUGUCCGUCCGGCACGACCGGCAGGUCAACCUGGGCGACGUGGCCAAGCGCCUGGGGCUCGGGACGCUGCGGCUGGCCGACGAGUCGGUGAUGCUGGAGAAGCUGAAGGUGGGUCAGGGCUGCGCCACGGCCCUCGCGCUCUUCUGCGACACGGACCGGAGCGUCAAGAUGGUGCUGGACCGAGACCUGACCCACGGCGGCCACGAGAGGGUCUACUUCCACCCCAUGACCAACAGCGCCAGCCUGGGACUCAAGCCGGACGACCUGCUGCGCUUCCUGGAGGAGACCGGCCACGAGCCCGUCAUCCUGAGCUUCGACUGAGUCGAAGACGCCGCUCCUCCGAUCGGUGAUCGGUGCUCUUACACCGGCAGCUCGGACACUUCUGACUGUUACUGACUUAAGACUUUUACAUCUCCAGACCACAGUAACAUCACAGUUAUAACACAUCAACAUGAGAAUAAGACAGUCGUCAUGAAGUUUAUCACACUGAU